GUCCCGUCCCGCCAUUGUUGCGUUUCGUCCGUUUCGCGCCCUUUUUUGACGUGCAGUCAUUUAGUGUUGCAAAUUGUUGCGGAUUUAAUUUUUAAUUGUGUUCAACAAUGGAAAUGAGGUGGAGAUAUUUGUUAACGUUGUUGCUCCUCGGCGUAGCAUUUGCAGCUGAAGACGAUGACAGCAUACCUGACGCUGGUGUGGAUGAAAAUGAUGAACUAGCACUAGAUCAAGAGGAAUCCCGCAACCUUCGGCCGCGGGCUUACCAACCAAAUGCCUACAACACACUCCCCAGUGGAUUCCGACCAUCGCCUUCAUUGGCUGAGCUGGCUGGCUACCAAAGACCAUCAGAACAUCAAGAAGAACCACAAUACGUGGUCCAGCAAAGACCAGCUCCGCAACAGCAGUAUAUUGAAGAACCCAGACAACCUCAAAGAGCGCCACACAGGAAGCAGGAACACCGCCCAGCAAAACUGCAGCAAAGACCAGUCCAAGAAGUAGAAGAAGAACUAGAAGAGGAAGAAAAGGAGGAACCUGACCGUCUGUCUCAGCUGCUGCAGCAGUCCAAGUUCAACUGCGUGAACAAACAGACUGGCUACUACGCGGACGAGGAGCUCAACUGCGAGGUGUUCCACUACUGCCAGGAUAAUGUCAAGCACUCUUGGGUCUGCCCCGACGGAUUCUCCUUCCACCAGGUACACUUAAUCUGCAUGCCGCCGACACACGACAACAUCUGCCAGAAGUCCUCAAAGUACCACUUCGUGAACGAGUACCUUUACCGGCCAGUGAAUGAGGAGGAGGUCCAGAGGAAACCUAACGUAUCCCUCAAGUACUCCGACAGGUACUACCCCGCUGAGGUCUACAGGGACGACAGAUUCGACCAAGAGGAAGAAGAGGAGGAGGAGCAGCCCCGCCGACCUCCCGCACCAGUACAGCUACAGGCUCGGCCAGUGCAAAGACCACAGCCACAGCCUCAAGUGUUCCGUUCCGCAGAGGAAGUAAACAUCCCAUUGGUACAGAGGCGCCCGCAGCGUCCAUACGACUUCGACUUCUAAACUCUCUCUACUAAGCCGAUUGGCUAUAAGCUGUAAUUUUCCCAUAAUCUACUGGAUAUGCCAUUUCUAUUCAGAGGUUUAUGACUCCCGA